CUGCCCUUGCGUCACCCAGCGCUGCCUCCUCCUUCUCCUCCUCCCUUCUCCCUUCUCUUCGCUUGGUAGCCGGACAGAGAUCCAAGUCCCGCUGUGUGUUGACCAGAUGCUCCCAGAGCCUUGAGUCACCUCUUCGCUCCUUCCAAUCACCCGUUGUGCAGUCAUGAUGGAUGAUGAAGAUGCCAUAAGCGAACGGGGCCUCAAUGCCUCCAGGAUGAGAUACGACGAUGAGGAAGACUUCCACUCCAUCUACAUUGGGGUUCCUGUCCCCCGCGGAUACCGGAGGAAGCGGCGCCGGAGGCGGUCAGUGUCCAGCCGGGACAAGGCUACGGAGGGUGAGAGGCACUACGAGCGGCAGGACCGGUCCGACACAGAUGAAGGCGGGCGCAUGGGCUACGAGAAUGGGAAUGACAGCGCCAGCCGGACCAUGUCUCCGGCUGCAGAGAGGCUCCGCUACAUCCUUGGAGAAGAUGACGAGCCACCGAACCCCACACUCUUCACAGAGAUGGACACUUUACAACACGACGGCGAGGAGAUGGAGUGGAAGGAGUCCGCCAGGUGGAUCAAGUUUGAGGAGAAGGUGGAAGAAGGCGGGGAACGCUGGAGCAAGCCGCACGUCUCCACCUUGUCCCUGCACAGCCUCUUUGAGCUCCGCACCUGCCUCCAGACUGGCACUGUCCUCCUCGACCUCGAUGGCUACUCCUUGCCACAGAUCAUUGAUGACGUGAUUGACAAGCAAAUAGAGGACGGCUUGCUGAAGCCGGAGCUGAAGGAGAAGAUCAGCUACGUUCUGCUGAGGAAACACCGGCACCAGACCAAGAAGCCCAUCCACCGCUCUCUGGCCGACAUGGGAAAGUCCGUCUCCAACACAAACCGCAGCCCGGUCCGGAGCCCUGCAGCUGGAGUCAGCCUCCACCGUUCAUCUGAAGACCUCCGGAUGCGGCAGAGUGCCAGCUAUGGCCGACUGCGCCAUGCGCAAAGCCGGAGCAUGAAUGACAUUACAGACACGCCAAGCACAGACCAGCUGAAGAACAAGUUCAUCAAGAAGAUCCCCAAAGACGCAGAGGCCUCCAACGUCCUAGUGGGCGAAGUGGACUUCCUGGAGAAGCCCUUUGUCGCCUUUGUCCGGCUCCUGCAGUCCACCAUGCUGGGUGGCGUCACCGAAGUCCCCGUCCCAACCAGAUUCCUCUUUAUCCUUUUGGGUCCCACUGGAAAAGCUAAAUCCUACAAUGAAAUUGGCCGUGCCAUUGCCACCCUCAUGGUGGAUGAUCUCUUCAGCGACGUGGCCUACAAAGCACGCGACCGGGAAGACCUCAUCGCCGGAAUUGAUGAAUUUCUGGACGAAGUCAUUGUCCUUCCGCCAGGAGAAUGGGACCCAAACAUCCGGAUAGAGCCGCCCAAGAAAGUGCCAUCUGCUGAUAAGAGGAAAUCGGUGUUUUCCCUGAGCGAUGCAGGACAGAUGAAUGGGGCGGCCGGUGGAGCUGGAGGAGGAGGAGGCGGUGGAGGAGGAGGAGGAGGCGGCGGCAGCGAAGACGAGGAGAUGCCAGCGGUGCACGAAAUCGGGGAGGAGUUGAUGUGGACUGGAAAGUUUUGCGGAGGCCUCUACCUGGAUAUCAAGCGAAAGCUGCCCUGGUUCCCCAGCGAUUUCUACGAAGGUUUCCACAUCCAGUCCAUCUCCGCCAUCCUCUUCAUCUACCUGGGCUGCAUCACCAACGCUAUCACCUUUGGGGGACUGCUGGGGGACGCCACCGAGAACUACCAGGGAGUCAUGGAGAGCUUCCUGGGCACGGCCAUGGCAGGAGCCAUGUUCUGCUUCUUUGCUGGGCAGCCCCUCAUCAUCCUCAGCAGCACUGGCCCCAUCCUUAUCUUUGAGAAGCUGCUCUAUGAUUUCAGCAAGGGCAACAGCAUAGACUACAUGGAGUUCCGGCUGUGGAUCGGUCUGCACUCGGCGCUGCAGUGCCUGAUCCUGGUGGCCACAGAUGCCAGCUUCAUCAUCAAGUAUAUCACCCGCUUCACAGAGGAGGGCUUCUCCACCCUCAUCAGCUUCAUCUUCAUCUACGACGCCAUUAAGAAAAUGAUCGGCGCCUUCAAGUACUACCCCAUCAACUCUGACUUCAAGCCUGACUAUGUGACACUCUACAAGUGCGAGUGCCUCGCCCCGGACCCAGUGAAUACCACCUUGUUCAAUGCUUCAGCCCCACUGGCACCAAACAACACUAACAUUUCUCUGUACAACCCCCCAAACACCACAGCGCUGGACUGGACGCAGCUGAGCAAGAAGGAGUGCCUGCGCUACGGAGGGAGCCUGGUGGGCAAGUCUUGCAAGUUCGUCCCAGACCUGGCCCUCAUGUCCUUCAUCCUCUUCUUCGGCACCUACUCCAUGACCCUCACCCUCAAGAAGUUCAAGUUCAGCCGGUACUUCCCCACCAAGGUCAGGGCCCUGAUUGCCGAUUUUUCCAUUGUCUUCUCCAUCCUUUUCUUCUGUGGGAUAGAUGCCUGUUUUGGACUGGAAACCCCCAAGUUGCAUGUGCCCAGUAUCAUUAAGCCAACCCGCCUGGACCGGGGAUGGUUUGUGUUCCCCUUUGGGAAGAAUCCCUGGUGGCUCUACCUGGCCAGCGCCCUCCCGGCCCUCCUGGUCACCAUCCUCAUCUUCAUGGACCAGCAGAUCACCGCCGUCAUCGUCAACCGCAAGGAGCACAAGCUGCGGAAAGCGGCCGGCUACCACCUGGACCUCUUCUGGGUGGGCAUCCUGAUGGCGAUCUGCUCCUUCAUGGGCCUGCCCUGGUACGUGGCGGCCACUGUCAUCUCCAUCGCCCACAUCGACAGCCUCAAGAUGGAGACCGAGACCAGCGCCCCUGGCGAGCAGCCACAGUUCCUGGGUGUCAGGGAGCAGCGGGUCACCGGCAUCAUCGUCUUUGUGCUGACAGGGAUCUCGGUCUUCCUGGCACCGAUAUUGAAGUACAUCCCCAUGCCGGUGCUUUAUGGGGUCUUUCUCUACAUGGGAGUCGCCUCGCUCAAUGGCAUCCAGUUCUGGGACCGCUGCAAGCUCUUCCUGAUGCCAGCCAAGCACCAGCCGGACUACGUCUACUUGCGCCACGUGCCGCUGCGGCGCAUCCACCUCUUCACCAUGGUGCAGAUCGUCUGCCUGGCCGUCCUCUGGAUCCUCAAGUCCACCGUUGCCGCCAUCAUCUUCCCCGUCAUGAUCCUGGCCCUGAUCCUGGUGCGGAAGAUGCUGGACUUUGUCUUCUCACAGCACGACUUGGCCUGGAUCGACAACAUCAUCCCCGAAAAGGACAAGAAGAAGGAGGACGACACGAAGAAGAAGGGCAAGAAGGGCAAGGGCGGUGGCAGCAAAGGCAGCGGCAGCAAAGGGGAGGACGACAGCUCCGAUGAGGAAAGAGGUCUUCCAGUUGGAACGCUGCGCUCUGAUACCUCCCCAAACGAGUCAGACCUGGACCGCAGCAUCACACUCCACUUGAAGAUCUCCUGCCCGACUUCUCCGGCCUUCGGCUACUCCCCCCGCAGCCCCCUCUGCGCUGUCCCGCAGGUCAAGAUCGAGAUGGAGUCCGACUACGAAGACACCGACACCGAGAAGCACGGGCGGGACAUGGGCAGCGAGACCACCCUAUAGUCCCAGCAUCCCUUCCUUCCCUAUAAUAUAUAGAAAGAUUAUAGAGACACGCCAGCCAUAUUUGGUUUUCUACGUGCAAGACAGAGGAGAGGGUCCUGUUCCUCCUCUGCCGUUUGUGGACGGACCUCUCUCCUGUUUUUGGACAGGACCAAACUGGACUCUUCCUUGCAAGACCCACUGAAGGAUACUUCUCCCUGGACUUUAGGAACUUCAUGGGAGCAAAGGAACGGGUCCAACUGCUUUUGGGGAAACUUACAGCUUGAACAUCCUCUGCACCCGAUCUUCCCAAGCUGGAUCUUCCGCCUCUUCUUAUUUUACAGCUUUCUCCAAGCCUUUAAAACCAUUCCAGCCCUAAAAGAAUCCUGGUCAGGUGACUCUUUGAAGACCUGCUCUUGGCACAAUUUGCAAACCAUUGUUUUUGCACACAGAAACAGCACUUUUGUGUAAGAGCUGGUCAGCUUUUGAUCUCACCAAGAAAACGUGUUCUGCUCAUUAAGAAAACAUGAGCAUUCCACCAGAGGCAUUUUUCUUCGUAAACUCCACAUGCAAUUGCAUCGAAUAGGAAAACAGCAGUUGUCUGCACGGAAAACAGCGUUUUUGUACGAGAUAAGAUUUUAGCUUGUCUAGCAAAUGAAAUGAGGGCAUUUCUGCUCCUUAAAAUAUAAGCUUCCAUUAGAGAAUCCCAGGCGUGGUUGAUUUGCCUAGUAAACAGAAGUGAUUUUUCUUUAUGGAAUACAGCAGUGGUUCUCAACCUGGGUGUCGGGACCUCUGGGGGGUGUCGCGAGGGGGGUGUCAGAGGGGUCACCAAAGAGCAUCAGAAAACACAGUAUUUUCUGUUGGUCAUUGGGGUUCUGUGUGGGAAGUUUGGCCAAAUUCUAUCAUUGGUGGGAUUCAGAAUGCUCUUUGAUUGUAGGUGAACUAUAAAUCCUAGCAACCACAACUCCCAAAUGUCAUGGUCUAUUUUCCCAAAACUCCACCAGUGUUUGCUUUUUGGUAUACUGAGUAUCUGUGCCAAAUUUGGCCCAGUUCCAUCAUUGUUUGAGCCCACAGUGCUCUCUGGAUGUAGGUGAACUACAACUCCAAAACUCAAAGUCAAUGUCCAUCACACCCUUCCUCUGGAUGGGUUUUCUGUUGGUCAUGGGAGUUCUGUGUGCCAAGUUUGGUUCAAUUCCAUCGUUGGUGGAGUUCAGAAUGCUCUUUAAUUGCAGGUGAACUAUAAAUCCCAGCAAGUACAACUCCCAAAUGACAAAAUCA